AGGGAGAAUUGAGAAGAAUCUAUUCACUCUGAACAAGUGUUUCUGGUGCUGCGGACGAAGACCAUGCCAAUGUGCAUGGUUUCUUUACAUCACCUGCGGGCUCGCUUCCUUCCUCGCUCGUCUCUUGAUGAUCCAGGGUAGUCGUGGACAAUAAGGGUGUUCUUGUGGUCGUUUUGUCGGCGCGCCGAUGCAGCAGCGCUCGCGGUGUCACGGUGUGUUGCCGUGCUGCCUACUCCUGGUACCUUCUUCAGUCUUGUGGCCAUCGGCGAUAGUUCCAGCAACGGCUUCGAGCGGAACGCUUGAACGUUCGCGGCCGAGGCGCUUGUCGUAUCUCUCGUCGUUUUUCGCCGGUAAGCCGAAAGCGCCUGGUGAUCUUACCAAUUUGCUGGACAUAGCAACAGACGAUGACGAAGAAGCACUAGACGGACUUGGUGCAGCCGCAGGGACAACAGUGACCCGACCUCUCGCAGCCGCCCUGUUUCGGGGAGCGUCGGAUCGAAUCGAAGAUGAAGAGGACAUGGUCGACAACGCUGCUCAUGAUCAUGUCGGGUCUAUAUCAGUACCUGCUGCUCCUGCGGUGAAGAAGAAAAUGCAAAUGGGCAACAUUUCUGCCACUGAUGCCGCAUCGAAACAUCGCACAACGAAAACUCGUUCCGUGGAAAAUGCCAACGGGAAAAAAGCUAAAGCCGCUGUUCUCGUGCAGCGUUCGCGUCGCGGAUCGCACCAGACGGAGCACACAGAUCAUAAGACCCGCGGAAAGAAGAUUUCCAGUAGUAGCUCUUCGAAGAAGAAGUUUGAUUUCGACAAUGACGAGCGUACGAAGUGGUUUUUACGGCACAACCCGAUCUCGAACGGGGCGCUGAACUUACCGCCGGUGAAGGCCAGCGCCGCAAUCGUGGUGCCCGUACCGGUGGGGCACACCAAUAUUACGGCGGCGAAGGUGCACGACGACGUCAGUUCGGUGAACAUGUCCGCCCUGUCCCCUGAAGCUCGGAACCUGUUUGCGAACCCCAAGUACCCAAGACACCCGAAUCGGCGGGACGGGGCGGCCUUCCUGGACACGGUAACUGCGCUGUUCCUCUGCCUACUGGGGACCAUCUUCGUGCUCACCGCGCAGAUGGCGAUCGGCGACAAGGACUUUCGGGUGGCCGCGGUGCCGUUUUUCGUGCUGUGCUUCUUUAACCUCGUGUUUCUCGACCGGUUGGACAAGGUGGUGGAGACGCCGCUGGCCACGCUAGACCCGCCGCUCUCCGCGUCCGCGCCCGAACAGUGUCUCGAGCUCGGUGGCUACCUCCUGUUUGGUUCGGUCGUGGCGGGCGCGGACGUCUACUUGCAGUGCGAGAUAGCCAGGAGGGGAUUCGAGAAUGGUACAACGCCGGUUAUUGUUCUACCAUGCUUGCAUCUCGACAAUCCCACAACUUGAUCUACUUCCUUGGUUGCAAGAUAAAUGGAAAGGAAUAUUCGCCGUUGCAAUUCUGAGGAUAUGAAUGCGUAAUAGGUGUACUAUGUGGAAGAUAUUACUAGUGCAGCCGAUCAAAGAACCUUUUUUACAGGCGCAGCGGUCGCUUUUGCGAGCUGGCUGUUUUCGUUGCUCGUGCAGCUCUGGGGCGCGCAUUGGUGUUGGCUGGUUUCUUGGGGAAAGUGCAACAUUUUCCUGCAGUGGCGGGCAGGACUUUUCGCUGGUUUUUGCCUGUGUGGGCUUGCCGUGUACGGGUUUCUAUCCGUGGCCGGUCUGGGCUUGUACUGCAUGCAAAAGCGCUACAGCAAACUGUACGAGCAUGGAGAUCAUGACGAGGCAGAUAAUCUGAGCCUCGUUUCGCCGCGGCUCCCCUCCCAUCGCACCACGCCGUCAGUCCGAGACGCAAACCAGAUGACGCCCCGUUGGCCGGGGCACGAUGAGUAACUAGGAUGCUCCGAUUGAGAGUGCUAAUGUAUGUUUGUAUGAUAGGUAAAUGAAUUCAAGGAAGAGGUUCUAGAAGGCGCACGGGUGCGUUUUCGAAUAAUUCGUUUCAUAUUUUUUUAGGCCUGAGAAAGAUGGUGUGAGGCUGUUUCUCCCACUGAGAAUACAGCGAUUGAAGAAGCAAAUGCAUCAAGCGCGCACGUCAUUGCAUGCACUUCUAAAAAAAAGAAAUUCGAGGCGAGCUGCUGGAACUACUUCGCCUGUCCUUUCGGUUCUUUUUGUGGAUGCACAAGUCCACUUGCAGGUGCAUUCUUCUGUU